CGAUAGAUAAUAAUGGCCCGCAGGUUGAGAACACAAAACCGACAACCGGUCGACAAACAGUUGAGAGUCACAUUUCGAGCUAAGCGGAUCCCGAGGCAGCAGCAGCAGCAGCAGCAGCGCACGUGUACUGUCCUCUGCCAGUAAGGGAAGGAUGAGGACAGCCCCACACUGCAAUGGGAUACACAUGAAGUGCUGCCCGCGUGUACGCGAGCUAUAAAAUGGCACAGCAGCAGCGCAGCUGGGACGAGGGUGCCAGCGGAAGUGGAGGCUACAGGCAGCAGGCGACGGCCGCCGGUCAGCACAAAUCAACGACAAGAACGGCCAGCAAUCCAUUGCCGAGCAGAGGAGCAACUCCCAAGGCACCCAGGCCCUACCAUGCCGCACCGCCCUCGGUGUAUGCAACGCCGCUGAUGACGGGUCCGAGGAGUCCGAGUUAUGGCUACGGCGGAGGGUACGAGGCGCCCAGGAGUCCCAAGAUCACGACAUCCUUUGCCAGCGACAGCUGCGACGAUGGGAGCAGCUCCACGCCCAGCUCCUACUACCAGACUCCGCCCUCGGGCUCCAUAGACGACUCCUACUCGCUGCUCAGCGGCAGGACGACAGCCGCAGCCCGCAGUCCCAAUUCCCCGUGCAAGUUCGUCUUCGAUGCCGUGAGUCCCAAUGCCGGUGCGGAGCACUCUGCGUUCUCCAAGAAGUUUGAGUACUACGAACCCUUCUCGCCGGACGGCGGACCCGAGUACUAUGAGCCGCCCAGCUCGCCGCGUCGCCAGGGCUCCAAGAAGCUGCCGAGGAGCAAGCUGCCGCUCGAGCCGCUGCCUCUGGUGACCACAACGGGCGUGCACGAUGGCAGCAAGCGACGGCACGACGAGUGGGAGCUGCCGAUGAUCAGCAAGAUCGAUGUGGGCUCUCGCUCAGGUUCGGGAGCAGCAGCAGGAGCGCUAGCAGGAGCGGGCGGCAGAAGAGGAGGCUACUACGGACUGAAGCGCGACUCCUGCGUGACGGACUGCACCCAGCUGUCCAUGGAGUCGGGCGAGACGUGCACACAGCACACGAACAGCACCCUGGUGACCCACACCACGACCAGCUUCAGCUUUACGGAUCCAGACUCCACUCAGCAGCAGCAGCAGCAGCAGCAACAGCAGCAGCAGAAUCUGCACAGGCAGCGGCGUCACGCCAUCAACAUCACCUCGAAUCCCGGCUACCAGGUGCUCCACAGCUCACACUCCACCCUGGAUCGCACGUGCUCCGACAGUGUCGUCUCCCUCCGCUAUCGCAAGUCCACCAGCGACCUGACCCAGGAUCCGGAUCUCGAGAUGAGCGGCUGCAAGCCCACCAAGCCGGCCAAGGCGAAGCGCGAGAUGGCCGAGCACAAGCCCCGCCGCAGGGGCAGCUCCAAGGGGGGACUGGCGCUCCUGGCCAGUCGCCGCAACUCGCGGGAGUCCAUGAAGAGCGCCUGCUCCAAUGCUUCCAUAGUGUCCAACGAUGACGUUGGCCCACUGGCCUUCCAGAGCUCCAAUCGCGGACGUCAGCGCAGAACGUCGAACUUUCUCGAGCUGCCAGUUCCCGACCACAUUCGGCCGCGAGUCUGUUCUCUGCCGGAGCGGCCGUACAAUCCGAGGGCCAGCGAUGAUCUCUACCGGCUGCGACACUUCUCCAUCAGCAAGGGCAACGUUGUGAACUGCGGCGACUCCAUAAUCUCGCGUCGUUCGCGGAGCAACACGAGCGUCAACUCGACCAACAGCAGGGCCAGCGAGCGGUCACCGUUCGAGGGCAGCUGCUGUGGUGGCGGCUACGCCAACGUGGACUCUCUGCCGGUGUCAUCCGACGAGUCGGACAACAUGGAGCCACCGCCUGCGGCGCGCUACCGCGUGGUGAUGCUGGGCGACGCGGGAGUGGGCAAGACGGCGCUGGUCAAUCAGUUCAUGACCUCGGAGUACAUGCACACCUACGAUGCGAGCCUAGACGAUGAGUUCGGCGAGAAGACGGUCAGCGUCCUGCUGGAUGACGAGGAGUCGGACAUGGUCUUCAUCGACCAUCCCAGCGUUGAGAUGAGUGUGGAGAACUCCCUGUCCACGUACGAGCCGCACGGCUGUGUCAUCGUGUUCUCUGUGGUCGACCGGGGCACGUUCCGUGUGGCCGAGGAAAUCAUCAAUUAUCUGUGGCAGGAGAAGUACACCAAGGACAAGGCCGUCAUUCUGGUGGGCAACAAGGCGGAUCUCGCCCGUGCCCGGCUUAUCACAUCACAAGAGGGCAAAGCCCUGGCCGCCUCACGCGAUGCCAAAUUUAUCGAGACGUCAAGCGGCAUACAGCACAAUGUCGAUGAGCUGCUCGUCGGCAUACUGAAGCAGAUGCGCCUGAAGGAGGUGCGCGAGAAGAAGGCCACCCAGACGAAGAUGAAGCACUCUCGCACUCACAUAUCACUGCAUCUGGCCAAGGAGAUACUGCAGAAAAUCUGCCUCAGCGACAUCUCCAAGUCGAAGAGCUGCGAGAACCUCCAUGUGCUCUAAGCAGAAAUGGGAAUGCCACCCAAGGAGCAGCAAGAGGCGGAGUCCAUUUUCGAUGUCUUCUUUUUCGGGGAAUUCCUGUGAAUAAUCUAAGCAAAAUGUAUGCCACUGUGCAGUGGAGAAUUUUAUCAAAAGCAGCAGGCGGAAUAUUUUGAAUGCCAUUCAGAUUAGCCGUAGGAAGGCGAGGCACACGCUUUUGUUAUGUUUUUUUUUUGUUUUGUCUUUUCUACGUCGCAGCCCCGAAGCAUAUUGAAAGUUCAAUGUUAGGUCGCUGCUCCUCAGACCCCUUCCCCAUCCCCAUCCCCAUAGCCUCUCCAGUGGCCAUUUAGGCAAGUCAUUGGCCGUGGUCAGGCCUCCGCGGGCAGCGAUAAUUCGUUUGUUUAUGGCGGAUGUUUCGAUUGGCUUAUCGGGCCCAGACGCACCUACUUUCGGGUGCUGUGGGCCUUGCUGAUAAGCGGCGACCCAGCGACGCGUGUGCAGCCUCCAGAAGGGGCAGGCAUCACACACAUACAGCCAUAGGUUGGAGUAGUCCCUAAGAAUAUGUGUAAAUUAUGUGUGUACUCGUAUGUGUUCCAAUGGAGAAUUAUUUCAAAUCCAAUAAUGUGCUGUCAAUUGAAACUAGGGGAAAGCUGAAGGAAGGAGAGGUUGCAGCCGCCCCAUGCAUAAGCGCGAACUUUAUAGAUGUUGAUCAACUUAUACAGAUACUGAUACAGAUAUACAGAUACAGAGAUAUAUGUACAUGAAUAUCCAAAAUGUGUGAGCUAUAUUUAUUGUCUAGACUAAGGGAUGUUUACUCCUCGAUCUGCUCUGCAAGAACUCUUCCAAUUGACGAAUAUCUCAUAUCGGAUUGACUGUUAAAUGUUGACUGUUGUUACUAUAAUAUAAAAUGAUAUUUAAUAGGCAAAAAUACAAUUUAAUCAAAGCAUCUAUCUACUUAUACAUAUAUUUAUGUGUAGUCGUGUAUAUUUAUGAAUGUAAUUGGUAAUUGGAGAACACUUCUAACUCUUCUGAACUCAUACGCUUAUAUUUGAAAAAUACCUUUACAAAUUGCGAACAAAGACAAGCAAAACAAAUCAAACUAAAUGCCCUAACUAAACUCUAAACUAUAACUAUUUUCAUAUGCAAACUUACACAUUAGGGGAAAGGCAGAAAUUGCAGAAAUUGCGUUGGGAAAUUAGGUCAGCCCAGAGUCGGAGCACGAGAGCACUCGACAAACCCAAAAACCACUCAUAUUUGUGUUCAGGCCCGCUUUUCCAUUUUCCAUUUUCCCCCCUCCUUCGUCCAUCGCUGUCGAGUGCACUUUAUCAUUUUUAACAUUUACGAAAACCAAAAUAUCUGCAAAAAAAGAAAAAACGGCAACAAACUUGUCUCGUAAAAGUUGGAAUUUGCACAGAGAAUUUUCCUGAUUGCGCCCCGCACCCGCCCAGCCACUACAUCAAGGGGCAAUCUGUAUCGCGCAUACGCCGCGAGUGCCAAGGUCGAGGCUUUAAUUUGAUUUGUUAAUCCAAUGUGGGAGGAAAGUAUUCGAAUCAAAGCUAGCUAAAUGCCCACCGAAUUUAUUGUGUAAUACUAAUUAAAACAAAAAACGAAAAACAAAAAGCAAACAAGGAAAUAAAUUGUUUCUAAAUGGAAUUUUACUGCAGAGUUAUGCAACUGCAAAAUGGCUUAAAGCAUAACUGUACAAUGUAGCCAAAAAGUAGCGUAUUAGUACGCGUAGCUCGAUGUAUAUUUAUAUUUUUCCAAAGCUAAAGAGUACCUAUGAACAUACCUUAAAUACGAAUACGAAUACGGAUGAUGGAGUGGAUGGAGUCCCAUUAGAGAAAGUCUCGUGUGUACAUUAAAGAAAAUAAAUAUAAUGCAAGGGAUCUCUUUAUGCUUGUCACUGAGAUGAGGCGGCAGAAAGAAAGCAAAUUAAUUAGAGUACAAGCGGAUAAAAUCUGAUUUCUUGUUUGGUGUGUUUAACUCUUCCUUCCCUCUUCCCUCUCAAGUCUCCCAUCCAGAUAAAUAAAGGAAAAACUAUGCUCUGUAACUGGCUA